UCUGUCAUUGCUUAGGAGUUCACUACGAUGGUGGUUUGGUAUCGUGGGCUUCGUUUUCUUCCCACCGACAAUGAACUUUUCUUCGAUUACUUGAUGCGGAGGCUGAAUCGAGAAUCGCUGCCCGAUCCGGACAUCGUCCGCGAUUGCGACGUGUACGGCAGUGGCGAUCCUUGGAAGAUUUUUGGUAAGGACCGGGAUGAGAAGUUCUAUGUUUUCACCAUGUUGAAGAAGAAGAACAAAUCGAGAGUGGACAGGACCGCUGGCUCCGGCACUUGGAAGGGCGAACAGAGUUACAAAAUCAAGGGUUCGCAUGGUGAGGUAGUUGGCUACAAGAAACUCUUUACUUUUAGAUCGAAAACCAGCUCGAGCGCGGAAGCCGACAAGGCCGAUAAUGGGCACUGGAUCAUGUACGAGUACUCAAAGCAUCCCUAUAAUGACACAGAGUGUGUACUAUGCGUGAUCAGCAACAAAUUCGCUGAGCAAGCAAGCAAGAAGGUGUGCCCGAAUCUGCACGGCCAAGUGCAACUUGAGGAAGAGAAUAGACGAGCAAAGAAGGCACGCCCGCUCCGCGAUGAUCGCACAAACAUCUUCGGCGUUUCUUCCGCCACAUCGCCACCCUCAACCACCGCCGCCACUCAAGCUCAACCAGCAGCGUCCUGGGUUUUCAACGAAGAUGAAGUUGUCAUUCCACGAAACAUUUGCGGUCCAACUUUGCCGGAUUUGGAUGGCGACACCAACCUCAACUCGCUUCCCGUGGCGAUGACAACGGCUGAGACGAUGGACAUCAGCCGCACCGCUGAUUUCCCAGCUUUUGGCGGCGGGAAUCACCUAUGCUCGAGUGCGGCACCCAUGCACGUACCCAAUUGCAAUCGAACCCGCCCUGGCUUACGAUGA